CCAUCCUUUUUCGGCCAUCUUUCUAUCUCGUGGCCGUCAGGAUUCGUGCAUCGGCCCCGGCCUCCGUUUCCGUGUGAGCGCUCGAAGAUCCACCCGCAUCCACCAUGGACAGGCGGGGCCCAUACGGCUUAGCUUGCAUGGCUUGCUUCAAAGCCAAGAGCAAGUGUGUUGCACAGUCGGAUGGGGAAGGAUGUCAGAGAUGCCAUCGCCUGAAUAAGCAAUGUUAUCCCUCGGAGUCCUGCAGGAAGCGCAGCUCCCAAUCAGUUUCCAGCUCCCAGUUUUCACAAUUGGAGUCCAAGCUUGACAGGGUGUUGUCGCUACUGGAGUCCGCUCCUGCAGGUGCACCCCCGACCUUCAACCAGCCAAACAAGUCCGUGGGUGCGUCUUUCUCGGAAGAGUCCGUUAUCAACUCGAGCAUAAACCUAGACGCCAUAUAUGAAAAGCACGCUUUUCACCCACCCCCUAUCCGAGAUUCAGAGGAAACGUUAAUUUUAUUUCGUCGUGACUUUCUCCCACAUUGUCCAUUCAUCUAUCUACCUCCGAAAUUGACAGCCAGGGAGCUUGAGCUGGAGAGGCCCUUCCUUUUCGAAAAUAUACUAUGCGCAACCGCCCACUGCAUACAAGACAGGGAUGCACGAGAGAGGGAAAUUAAGAUGAAAAUUGCCAAUGCUACCGUCAUGCAGAGCCGGCCCAGUAUAGACCUGCUUCUUGGGACAUUGAUCUAUACUCUAUGGGGACAUUCAGGGUUCCGUACUGAUAUCACCUGUGUCCCGCGAGUGAUGGCACUCGCUAUCUCCAUCGCCCAUAAGCUCCACCUCAACGAGCCAAUACCAGAUAAUGCACAUACGUCCCUUGAACUUGGUGGUGCUGCUUACAUGAAAAGGAAUGAGUAUCCAGGGGGUCGUUCCCUUGAGGAAGUACGUGCUGUACUGGGAUGCUUCCUCAUAAGCUCUGUCAUUUCAAUUUUUUACUCGGAGACGGAUACAAUGCGCUGGACUACGCAAAUGGAUCAGUAUCUUAGUGCAAUCGAGGCCAGUGCAGAGCAUACUGAUCGUGCAUUGGCCACUCAUAUACGCCUGCAGCUCCUCAUUGAGAACGCCAGGCAAGCUCGCGGCCAGCAUGACACACAGGUCUCGAUUCGGGUUUUCGCCGGGUCCUACCGGUCGCAGCUACAGAUUCUCCGAAAAUCCAUACCUCUGGAACUAGAAAACGAAGACAUGAUCCGCAUGCACAUACACUACGCUGAUAUCAGCAUCCAUGAAACUGCAUAUUCAGCGGCCUAUGGCAUUCCAGCGUCUGCAUGUGAGGAAGCUACCACGAAUAGUGUGCUAGGCCCGGAGGCUGUCGAAUGCAUGUAUAAUUCUUUACUCGCGAUCAGAUCCUACUUUGCCGUGCAUUCGAGGCUCACAGCUCGGGGGCUCAUAGGGUCCUCGCUCAUGACAUGGGCCCAAUUUUGCCGGUGCCAGGUGACUGCCUACCGGCUCUCUAUACAUCCGGCCGCCGACUGGGAUCGGGAUGCGGUCCGUAAAACUGUUGAUCUCGUUCGUGUGCUAGAAACCGUCCGCCAGACAUCCAAGGCUGCCUCUGUCGACUCUGGCGAGCCGCACGAAGAUGAUAAGUGGAAGCGGACAGAACACAUCAUGGAAACAAUGAUAAGAUGGCUAAUCCCUAGGCUCAAGCCUGACGUCGUAAAAGGGUCUCCGCUCCGUGGAACUUCAGGGCCUACGAAUACGGCACCCGAUACGGAACCCAAGAUCGUAUCCUCUCACAGCUCUUCUGGGGCAUAUGCUCCCGGUGUCAGCGCACCCUGGCUCCAUGCAUUUGGUCUGACGUCUGCGGCUCCCCCUGAAGGCCCUUCAGAACAGAAACGCUUCUGAUGUUUUAUUAACAGUACGGUGGCCUAUCUGGCUCUGGUGAACCGUUCAGCUUGUACAUCCCACUGUAUAUAAGACAAGUUGACAUUCCAUUCGCCUCGUGACGGAGUAAAAGCCCAUUCUCUUUAUUCGUCAUGCUCCAACCUCCAUUUCAGUAUUCACAAAUAGAGUCGGACUUGUAGCGAGGUACGACUUCGCAUAUUCUGGGCCG